CGUGGGAUUACUGUAAUUCAGAUUUGCCAUUAUUAACUACUGGGUAUUGUUUUAAAUUUAAGGUCUUACGAACACUACAUAUGCUCCAGCAUUUUUGAGCUCUGCAUGCAGGAUUCCUUUGUCUUAAAGAGUAGCAGCCGUUUUCUUCACUCAGAGAAACAUAAAGCUGCCAUUUACUGUAACGUCUGGAUGGAUGUGAAAGCAGAGAUGUGUGAGGCUGACAUAAAUAUCAUGGAGAGAUGGACUGCAAGUGUCAAGAAGGAGGACUAUGAAUGGGAGUUUGACAACCUUAAACAGGCGAGCCUGAGCAUUAAGGAAGAGGAGUGUGAACUGGGAUCAGUAGACAUUAAAGUAGAGGCUGACGAGAACUCUGUCAUCCUUGAAGCACAGAAAAAUAAAAGUUUGGAGAGUGUCAAGGAAGGCUACCUUCAUCAUGGAUGCCAAGAUGGAGCAAUGACUGGGUUAGUCUCUUCUGAAAGCAGACCAUGCUCAUCUGUCAAUGUAAAGUCUGAAUCAUUACAGUCUGUCACAGGGGGAAUCGAGGAACAUUCAUCUGUUAGAGCUCCGAAAGAUGAGCCACCACCUACAAAGCAGUCUGAUAAAGGAAACAAACUUUUCUGCUGUCCUCAGUGUGGCAAACGAUUCUCCUACAGGAGUCAUCUUCAGAGCCACAUGCGAUUUCACACAGGAGAGAAGCCAUAUUGCUGUUCCGAAUGUGGCAAACGAUUCUGUCUCAGGUGUAAUCUUCAAAGACAUGCUAUAAUGCACACAGGAGAGAAGCCGUAUAGCUGCAAUGAAUGUGGCAAACGAUUCUGUUACAGGAGUAGCGUUUGGGCCCACAAAAAAAUUCACACAGGGGAGAAACCAUAUUGCUGUUCUGAAUGUGGCAAACGAUUCUGUCGAAGGAGUAGUCUUCAAAGACACACUAUAAUGCAUACAGUGGAGAAGCCGUAUCGCUGCAAUGAAUGUGGCAUGCAAUUCUCUGAUUGCAGCAACCUUCAGAACCAUACAAGAAUUCACACAGGAGGGAAGAAGCCAUAUUCUUGUUCUGAAUGUGGCAAGCAAUUCCGUGAUAGGUGGGAACUUCAGAACCACACUACAAUUCACACAGGAGAGAAGCCAUAUUCCUGUUCUGAAUGUAAUAAACAAUUCUGGUACAGGAGUGGUCUUUGGAAACACACAAGAAUUCACACAGGAGAGAAGAAGCCAUAUUCUUGUUCUGAAUGUGGCAAACAAUUCUUUGAUAGGAGUACUCUUCAAACACAUACUAGAAUUCACUCCAAGAAAAGCUAGAUGGGGAAGGAGUCAAAAGUCACCCGCCUAACUCCUUAAGUCUUGAUGAGUACCUUCAGGUGGAGGGUUUCGUUGUGCAGGAUCCAUGCUAUAUCUCAUCAUGGCCAAUAUGAAUAUGAUCAACAAUAAUAAAUCAUAGUGGCUGCACAUCAAAAGAUGCUCAACCUUUGGCUUAGCACAAGGGUAGGUGAUGGUGGUAGCAAUAAUGAAACCUCUUCAGAUGAAAAGAAGAGACACCAAUUGGCGUGACAGUCCAAAUGAGCAGUGUUGCUGGUCACACCACAAUCGAACACGUACUAAUUAAAGUCUCUGGGGAAGGGCUGAGAACACAAAGUUCAAGCAAAAAUUCAACAGUCGAAAUUGCAGCAUUGCAUAUUAACAUAUGAAGACCUUAGCUUCACAAUGGAAAACAUUCAACUCAAAACUCUGGCUGAAGCACAAAAGUUAAGAAGAUACAAACAGAAACACAAUGAAAAGGUAAAUAAAAGACUAUUCAAGGAUUAAUCCCGAAAAGUUUGGUAAUGAACCUGAAAUCAUACCAUCUGACAAAAAAAUACAAGAAUUUUGGGGAAACGUUUAUGAAGAUUCUUAAGCAAACCACAAAGAAAUUACAUUACAGAUAGAAAUGGAAAUAACCCAAGUGCAGGAAGUGUCAUGAACAGAGGUAAAAGCAGAAGCGAUCAAAAACAAAUUCAAAACUCCUGCUAACUGGAAGGCACCCAAUCCAGAUGCCCCUAACUUCUGGUCAAAGCACCCUGCACUAGGAUAUGGCUAACUGUAAAGAUAUGAUAAAGCCACAACCAGAGAUGACCACACUACACCAGCGUGUCCCUACAGGGGAGAAACUUACCUACUCCCAAAAUUGGAACAAAUCAACAUUCCUAAACAUUCCCACCCAGUAACCUUCCUCCCCACUGUAUACAAGCUCUUCAUAGCAAUAGGCACAUAAAGAAUUUACAAGCACCAGGAAUAAAACAACAUGAUGGCAGUAGCACAGAACGAAAAAAAAAAAGAAAGUUGUAAGGAGUUAACGAGCAACUACCACAAAACAAAAUGGUCAUGGAAUACUGCAAGAAGGGUGAAACCUUAGUGUGUCAUGGGUUUCUUACAAAAAACGUUUUUGACUAUGUACAAAAUCCACUCUGUCCUGAUAAAUUUGAUUUCAGUCACCAUGCCUCAUUGGCAAACAUGAGAAAACAUUAUCCCCAACAUUAAAAUAAAAAGAGGAAGAUUUCAAGGGGACUCCAUUCACUCUUAGUUUAAGGUCUGGUGUCCAACUCAUUAAACACCCUCUUCGGGUACCUUGGUCUUUAAUUUAAUAUCAAGACUUACAAUCGGCUGAAACCUCAGAUGGUCACCCAUCAGCUGUGGAUGACCUGAAACUGUCGAGUCUGCGGUGGUCCACAGCUGGUAUUUCAAGGCCCUGUUUGGUCCUUUAAGUAAGGAAUGGUUUUCUUCCUGCCAUUCGCCCUGUCAAACCUGCAGCACAAAAUCUCCUCUUCAAAGAAGAGACUGAAAUUUGCUUUUUUCAACCUGCAUUGUGUGACGAUGACGAACCCCUUGAUGGGAGUCCGUUGAACCAACACCGUCGAUACUUAUGACCGAGAUGAGCUGACAAAUGAGGACAAAUUUCAUUGAAGCCAUGG